UUCCAAGCCUUAAUCUCUCAAUCAUCGUCAUUAUGGCUUCUUCAACCAUUCCAAACACACCCUUAACCUUGGAUUCCCACACCUUUGUUGAUCCCAAAUCACCACUGACGUUAUCCAACUAUCUUAGCUUUUCUUCAUCAAAGCGCCGACAACCUCCAAGUCUUUUCACGGUCGGAGCAAGUGACUCCGAUUUCGAAGCCGCGGUUGUUGCCGGUAAAGUACCGGAAGCACCUCCAGUACCGCCUACACGGGCGUCACCAGCUGGAACCCCAGUCGUUCCUUCACUUCCAAUUCAAAGGUGUCCCCGCCGUAAUAGAAGAUCGCCUGCACUUAGAUCGGCGUUUCAGGAAACAACUCUAUCACCUGCUAAUUUUGUACAUCCACUGUUUAUACAUGAAGGUGAGGAGGAUACCCCUAUUGGGGCUAUGCCUGGAUGCUACAGGUUUGGUUGGAGACACAGACUUUUGGAAGAGGUUGCAAAAGCACGGGAUUUUGGUGUUAACAGUGUUGUGCACUUCCCCAAAAUUCCAGAUGCUUUGAAGACCCCCACAGGAGAUGAAGCAUAUAAUGGAGGUGGUUUAGUGCCUCGGUCUAUACGAUUGCUCAAGGAUAAGUACCCUGAUCUUAUUAUUUACACAGAUGUUGCAUUAGAUCCUUAUUCGUCAGAUGGACAUGAUGGCAUAGUCAGAGAAGACGGAGUUAUUAUGGAUGAUGAGACUGUUCAUCGGCUUUGUAAACAAGUUGUAGCCCAGGCACGGGAGGGAGCAGAUGUUGUCAGCCCCAGUGAUAUGAUGGAUGGUCGGGUAGGAGCUAUGCGAGUAACUCUCGAUGCUGAAGGCUUUCAGCAUGUUUCUAUUAUGUCAUAUACUGCAAAGAUCACCUCUCAACAAUCUCCUUUCAUCUUCGGAAAGCCGCUACUCCAACAACAAACACGAGAAACCUAGGUUUUAAAGGUUUGGAUUGGUGCAGGUUGGACCUUACAAGUUUGGUUUGAGUUUAGAACAUGUUUGUUGCAGGUUCAUAGGUUGCAUCAGUUCUGCAACCAGUUCCUUGUUCUGGUUUAGUAAGUUGACUUGGUGUUGAUUUGUGGUGAUGCCGUUAAUUUGUACUUCUAUCAUGUUAAUCCUAUGUUAAGUUGUUGUACCAAGCAUUGGUUAGUGAAUGUUGGUUAAUUAGAUGAUGCAAAUGUUAAUUGGGAUUGUUAGAUUUAUUGAAUAGGACUGUUAGAUUAACAUGCU